CCUUCCCCCUGCACCCCUAUUGCCGAGCAUCCCGAGCCCGAGGGGGAGCCGGAGAAGCAGCACUCACCUCAGGAGCAGCCAUGCCGCCCCGGCGGCGACGCAGGACAAGAUGCCGGCAGCAGACCCCUCCGGUCCAACAGCGCACCCCGACUGAGAGGUGUGAUGUACGGGCUCAGGAUCCCAGCCACAGUGGCCUUGGUGGUGACAGCGAGGGCCCGUCAACCUCGUCCAGCACAGCAGGGAGCUCUUCUGCUCCAGAGCUGCCGGGAUUUUACUAUGAUCCCGAGAAGAAACGCUACUUCCGUUUGCUGCCUGGACACAACAACUGCAACCCCCUCACCAAGGACAGCAUCUGGCUGAAGGACAUGGAGAGCCGAAGGCUGCAGCUGCUGGAGGCAGACGACAGGCAGAAGAAGAGAACGGCCCGGAUAGGAUGCAACGCCUCUUCAUUGCUGCAAAGAAGCAAACUGGGUUUUCUCAACUUCAACAGCUACUGCCGUUUAGCGCACGAGCUGCGGGUGAGCUGCAUGCAGAGGAAGAAGGUCGUCAUUCAGAGCUCGGAUCCUUCUGCUCUGGCAAGCGACCGAUUCAACCUCAUACUGGCGAACUCCAGCAGCGACCAGCUCUUCACGGUGAACGAUGUCCGGGUGGGUGGCUCCAAGUACGGCAUCAUCAACCUGCAGGGCCUGCAGGGCCCGCGGCCACGCGCGCACGUGCACGAGAACCUCUACUUCACCAACCGCAAGGUGAACUCUGUGUGCUGGGCCUCGCUGAACCACCUGGAUUCCCACGUCCUGCUCUGCCUCCUGGGCAUCGCGGAGACACCCGGCUGUGCCACCCUGCUCCCAGCCUCGCUGUUCGUCAGCAGUCAAUCAGCAGGAGGAGACCGGCCCGGGAUGCUCUGCAGCUUCCGGAUCCCCGGGGCCUGGUCCUGUGCAUGGUCCCUCAACACGCAGGCCAGUAACUGCUUCAGCACAGGCCUGUCUCGGCGGAUCCUGGUGACCGACGUGGUGACGGGGCACCGGCAGGCGUUUGGGACCAGCAGUGAUGCCCUGGCUCAGCGGUUUGCGGUCCAGGCUCCUUUGCUGUUCAAUGGCUGUCGUUCUGGGGAGAUCUUUGCCAUCGAUCUGCGCGCUCGAAACCAGGGCAAAGGCUGGAAGGCCGCCCGCCUCUUCCACGACUUGGCCGUGACUUCGGUGUACAUCUUCCAGGACGAGCAGUACCUGAUGGCGUCCGACAUGGCCGGAAAGAUCAAGCUCUGGGACCUGAGGACCAACAAGUGUCUGCGGCAGUACGAGGGGCACGUGAACGAGUACGCCUGCCUGCCCCUGCACGUGCACGAGGAGGAGGGGCUCGUGGUGGCAGUGGGCCAGGACUGCUACACGAGGUUCUGGAGCCUGCACGACGGCCAGCUGCUGAGAACCAUCCCCUCCCCUCAUCCCACCUCCAAGGCCGACAUUCCCAGCGUGGCCUUCUCGUCUCGCCUCGGGGGCGCCCGGGGGGUGCCGGGGCUGCUCAUGGCUGUCCAGCAGGACCUUUAUUAUUUCUCCUACAGCUGAGCAGUGGGGAGGGGGCAGGUGUGGGGGAUCCUGCCGAGGCCUCACACGUGCAUCACGUGUGUGCUUAGUACCGGUUUUGCAGGGUGCAUCCUGGGUAGGGGGGUGGGGGCAUGCAGCCCUGCCACCACGGCCGCCCGCAGCAUUUGACAUGGCUGUUCCAUGUACCUGCACCCGUCACAUGCAGACACUGGUCAAGCUGGGGGAUCUCGGAGCUAAACGGGCCUUUUCAUAAAAGGCGCCUGUCGCCAUUUCCUUGUCUUGUUCAAUGCCUUAGAAUAGUCAUAGUUUUUAAUCACACACACACACACACACACACACACACACACACACACACACACACACACACACACACACACACACGUGCACUUUUCUAAGGACCGAAGAGCGGCAGUAACUUUCAGUAAGUGAAAGCUCUUGGUUCUACCAAAAGCCCUUUGGCCAAGGAUGUGGUUCAAGUGGCAGAACACAUGCCUGGUACAUGUGAGGCUCUGGGCCCCGUGCCCACUAGCCCAGUGCCCUGCCCAAGCACUACCAGUGUUGGCCAUCGUGCCAGUCACUCCUGGACGCAUGCAUGCACGCACACGGCUGAGUGUGGGCCCUGAGCACUGCAGCGACAGAGCACCGGAGCCUAAUGCUGACCCAGGCGGGGUUGGCAGCGUCUGGGCCCCUGGUAGACCUCUGUACCUCCGCGGGCCAGCUGAGACUCAGGGAAAGGCUUGAAGCCAGACUGCAGAAUUCUGCACCGCGAACCAACUCGCAGCAACCAGUGCUGUGGGUGUCUCCUCGUGGCCGGCCCUGAGCACGGGAAGGAGAGCAGCGUCUCUGGCUGGAGACAGACUUCGCCAUGCCUUGGGCAAAUGCACCCUGUCACAGUGACUUGACUGUCCGAGUCCAGGGCCUCGUCUCGAAGGGGCACAGCUCUCGGCUUUGGGGAUCCCGGGAGAUGCUUAUUUGAGAUGCUUAUUUAUGUUCUCCCCGCAAUAAACUAGGAAGGACUGUGGUGUGGCC